UGAAUGACAUUUCGCUGCUGCUGCAUGUGUGGAGGAUGAUGCUCGGCUCCUUUUGAAGCAGUCGCUCGUCGAUUGCAUUCAGAUUCUUUUCAUUUUUCGCGUCUUUGCUUUAUAUAUAAAAAGGUUUAGAGACAGUUAUUUAGAGACAGUUGCAUGCGGAUUUAAAGCUCCGACACAACUCAUUGGUGCUCCAGCCCCCCCUGGACAAGUGGGGUGUGUUUUUUUUUUUUUUUUUCCUUCAUCUUCUUGUUGCGCGGCUUAAUGAUGGAGAGGAUAAGAAAAGAGAUGAUAUUGAUGGAGAGAGGUCUGCACAGUCCUGUCGCAGGCAAGAGGCUCGCAGACGCGCCUGGGAACUCAGUGCUGGAGGCCCUGGAAAACUCUCAGCACAGCGGACGACUCAGUCCGAGAAUAACUUCGGCUUCUCUCCAUGGAAAUCUGGGGGACAUCCCGACCAAAAGCAAAUUUGAAAUUGACAGUCUUUUCGGCACGCACCACAACAGUGAAAACACUUCUUCGGCGGAGAUUUCCUCGUCAGAGAGCAGGAAGAAAAUGAGCCUUUACUCCGAAGUUUCGCCAGAUUCAGAUAUUAACAGUGAUGUGGAGGUGGGAUGCCCUUCGCACCGCUCACCGAGCCAGCACAAGGAAAACAACAAAGGUUUUUCAGAUUCUGGCUCUUCCAACAUCAGCUCCAACUCCCUCCAGAAUAUGAACGGUAAUUCAUCGGGAGGCUCAAACAAUUCAAAUAGCGACCAAGUGAGAAGAUAUCGGACUGCUUUUACCAGAGAACAAAUCGGACGACUGGAAAAAGAGUUUUACCGGGAAAAUUACGUUUCGAGACCGAGGAGAUGUGAACUAGCCGCAGCGCUGAAUCUGCCCGAGACUACCAUUAAGGUGUGGUUUCAGAACAGGCGGAUGAAGGAUAAGAGGCAACGCUUGGCGAUGUCCUGGCCUCAUCCAGCAGACCCCAGCUUCUACACCUACAUGAUGACGCACGCGGCAGCUACAGGAAGUCUACCUUACCCUUUCCACUCGCACAUGCCUCUACACUACUACCCGCACGUCGGCGUCACCGCAGCAGCGGCCGCCGCAGCAGCGUCGGGGGCCGCCUCGUCACCUUUCGCCACUUCCAUCCGGCCCCUCGACACCUUCCGGGCCCUCUCGCACCCGUACUCGCGGCCGGAGCUCCUGUGCAGCUUCAGGCACCCGGGACUCUACCAGUCGCCCGCAGGCCUCAAUAGUUCAGCGGCGGCUGCGGCGGCGGCUGCGGCAGCGGCAGCGGCGGUGAGCGGCGCGCCGUCCGCCGCGGGGCCGUGCUCGUGCCUCAGCUGUCACAGCAGCCAAGCGGCCAGCGCGCUGCAGGGCGCAAGGAGCGCCAGCGCGGACUUUACCUGCACAGCUUCCGGGCAAAGAUCCGAGAGUGGAUUUCUGCCCUAUUCUGCUGCUGUUCUUAGCAAGACCUCAGUACCGUCACCAGACCCACGAGAAGAAAGUUCACUUAACAGAUAACUCAUCAUCAUCUUGCAGCAGCUACACCACCAGUUUCCUAUUUUGCUCCUAUAGUCCUACUUUAAGGGGAUAGGCCUACUUUAAAAAAAAAAAAAUCACACCUGGGUAAAGAAUUAUUAGGCAGCAUUGUAAACACACACUUAGAAAUUUAGAUUAAUUUCUAUACAAGCCAAAAGACUCUUUAUAACGAAAAACACCAAUAGUAUAGCACCGAAAAUGUUCUCACAAUUUUCUUGUGCCCUUGUGUUGACCAAUUUGUAUGCUGGAUUAAUUUGGAGAAAAAUAAUCACACCUGGGUAAAGAAUUAUUAGGCAGCAUUGUAAACACACACAUUUAGAUUAAUUUCUACAAGACUCUUUAUAACGAAAAACACACCAAUAGUAUAGCACCGAAAAUGUUCUCACAAUUUUCUUGUGUUGACCAAUUUGUAAUGCCAGAUAACUCAUCAUCAUCAUCAUGCAGCAGCUAUACACCACCUUUUUCCUAUUUUGCUCCUAUAGUCCUACUUUAGGGGAUAGGCCUAUAAUUUAAAAAAAAAAUCACACCUGGGUAAAGAAUUAUUAGGCAGCAUUGUAAACACAUUUAGAUUAAUUUCUACAAGACUCGUUAUAACGAAAAACACACCAAUAGUAUAGUACCGAAAAUGUUCUCACAAUUAUCUUGUGCCAGUAGACCAAUAUUUGAUUAAUUUGGAAAAAAAAUAACAGACCAUGCAGUGUAUCCAUUAUGCCCCUCAUGCCUCAAUUAAUGUGCCAUUUGAAAUUUAUUUAGGCUUAUUUAUUUCUACGAAUCCCACUGACUCACAAUCCAUAUUUCUGCGGCUCAAAUGUCCAAUAUUCAUGGCCACCUUGGCUCCUCUGUAUUUUUAAGAUCCAAACGUAAUUAUUCUACAUCUAAAUUUAGAUAGCAGAAGGUCCUGCUUUUCUGCCCAGCAGCAUAUCUUUCUUCACUAUAUAGGCCUAAUAGACAGAGAUUUUGGCAGGACAGCUUCUCCAACACCCUGCUCUAUGGGGACCCCCCUAAUCAGCUAGAAAGGGUGCAUAUCAUUUUUGCAGCGCGUCUUUUUGUGUCAAUUUUUAUGUUAAUAAUGAGAGGAUCAUGACAAAAAUUGCCAAUCAUGUACCUAGAUGGAGCUCCUUUGAAUACAUGACUGUAAGAAAGUUCCUCGUUUUGAGACCCGCUGUCAAGUGCUAACAACCCGCGGAGGGAAGUCAUUAGACAUACAAAAGAGCUGGAACAAAGCGACAGUCCUGGUAUACACACAGAUGCACUGGAUGAGGAUAAUAUAUGACACAUGCAGGGUUUUAAAAAUAUUACACACAAAGGCAAGCCUAGAAAAAGAGCCCCUCAAACACACACACAGUAGCAUCUCUUUUAUUUACAUUGCUGCAGCUCAUUAUAUCAGAUCCAGUAUUAGGUGUGAACCCCCUUUAGGAGCACUGAGCAAGUUCAGACUAAACUAACUGAGUCUGGCUUUACAAUCUGUCUGCGCCUGUAAAAAUGGCUAUUUUUAUUCGUUCCUGUUGGGACAUCACCGAUAUGUUAAUUAUAAAACAUGUGAACUGUAAAUCGUGAAAUAUUUUGCAAAUAGUCCUACUGAUAGUUGAUAAAACUGAAUUAUUGAUCGCCCUGGAAAAAUCCUGAAAAUGUGGAUGGUAGGCUGUUUUUUUUUAACACGUUUUUUUUAAUUAUUAUUUAUUUUGUGUGACUUGCUGAAUGUUUUUUUUAAUGUUUAAACACUGGAUGUACACGCCAAUAGGAGCAUCAAAAAAGCCCACAAAUUGGCCCUGUAAACUCACCGAUAUUCCAAAUUUAUGUAGGCUAUAUUUCGUGCAAAAAAGUUGAAUUAUGGAGAACAUUUCUUUACCAGUCCACUCAAAAAAAAGAGGCUUUUUUUUUAAAAAGGGCUGAUAAACGAGCACUGAAAAAUUUAAAAAUGAUGAAAAAUAGUAUUGGCCUUUUGUCCCUAGGGGUCUCUGUUAUAACUCUAUAUCUCUGUAUUUAAAAUAUCAAUGACUGUAUGAAUUUAAAUAUUUUAACUUGAAAAAAAA